AUGGCGACUGUGGAAGCUUCAGCCUCGCUCUCGCAAAAUGCAUCCGACAUCAUCGCCAGAACCGUUGGCGCCUUGGAGACUGCAGCACCCCUAGAUAGUCCCUCAUCAUUAGGUUUUCUGGGGCGAGUUGUUCUUGCUGUGCUCAGAGUAAUCCCUGGUGCGCUAUAUUGGGUUCUUGCUUUCACGACAAUCACUCUGCCAACAUGGCUGUUCACUCUUAUGUCGAUGAGCCUGACGGUCACGAUGAAUUUCACAACGCUACUUGUAAUCUUCGUAGGGUUUGGGUCAGCCGUAAGCUGGAUCGUGCGGUACCGCUUUCUGAAUAUGUACACCCGAUUGCCUUCCGAGCCGCAACGAGAAGAACCGCAAGUAGAGGUCUUUCCCGACACUCACGAGGGCGACUCGAAACGCGGCCUCUCGAACUAUCUUGAUGAGUUUCUCAGCGCGAUUAAAGUGUUUGGCUACUUAGAAAGACCUGUUUUCCAUGAGCUGACUCGGACGAUGCAAACGAGGAAGCUAAUCGCGGGCGAGACGUUGCUUUUGGAAGAGGAGAAAGGCUUCUGUCUUGUUGUCGAUGGGCUGGUGCAGAUUUUCGUAAAGUCAAACCAGCGUCCUCUCGAAGGAGACGACGCGGCGUCAGCUGAGACGUCCCACGAUGAAGACGAAGGCCAUGGUCGUAACCAAGACUACCAGUUACUGACCGAGGUCAAGAAUGGAGCACCCAUGUCAUCGUUGUUUUCAAUUCUCUCCUUGUUCACUGAAGACGUUAAGCUCCGACAUGAGGAUGAAGCCGACGAUCUCGAGCCUCAAUCAAGCCAUGCUGGAAUGGGAUCUGCCACACCCGGAUCUGGCGUGGCGACUCCCAUGCAUACACCUCAAACGCCUUCUCAGUCUGGAAUAAGGGACAGGCGAGCGUCAAGCUUGGCAAGUCCUACUGCGCGCGGUACACUACCAGUCAUACCGCCACUCUCAUUAGACACGGCAACUGCAGCACGUAUGCCCAACGGAGUCAAAAAGCAACCUGCGUCGCGCUCGAGAUCUAGAAAAUCAGCCCAUCCGGACAUUGUUGCCAGGGCCACCGUAGACACCACCAUUGCAAUCAUCCCCGCCACAGCAUUUCGUCGACUCACAAGAGUUUAUCCUAAGGCCACUGCCCACAUUGUGCAGGUUAUACUCACCAGACUGCAGCGUGUUACACUAGCCACAGGCCAUGCAUAUCUUGGGCUCACCAGCGAGGUCCUGAGGACGGAAAAGCUGAUGAACAAAUACACCACGUAUGACUUACCUGGCUUCUUGAAGGACGCUGCUCUUGAGCGGCUCAAGGAAAAAUUUGCCAAGGAACGCGAACGCAUUGGACCAGAGGAAGGCAUGAAGGGCAUUGCCUUACACAACCCCGGUUCCAGACUUAAGCGUCCAGGCGAUUCAUUACGCAGAGGAGCUGCCGUGCAAGCGAGCCAAGCUGCUGACCGUAGGCAAUCUUCUACAGCCCGCCAUUUAGAUUGUGGGAAUAGCCCGCCGGACCUGGAGCGGAUGGGCAUCAGUGCAGGUGAUCUUUUAACCAACCAUAGCCUCCCGCGAGCUGGAGGUCGGCACAGCCGGAUGAGUUUUUCGCAGCCGUAUCAGUCACCACUGCCACCUCGAAGAGACCCUCGCACACCAUUGGACCAAGGCAACUUCAACCCAUAUUCUGCGCCGGUAAGAGGGCAGAUACCUCUCCAACGACAAGAUUCCAUCGAUGAGGAUGCGAUCUUUCGGGAGUCAAUAUUGGAUUGUAUGCUAAAAGCCAUUGGUCUUACUAAUCUCAGGGAUACCAUGAUCAGACCCGAGUCGGUAGAGCAGUCACCCAGGCUGGUCUCCUUCGACUCAAGGCGGCAAAAGGCUGUCUUCAGCAAUGCAUUCGGAUUUAUUGAUCCUUACGAGGCUUCAAUUGACGGGGACUCGGAAUCAGCUGCUUCGAUAUCUUUGUCGACGAUGAGUACAACCAAUAACCGCAACAUUUUGGAAGAGCUCGUUAGUGAUGUCGAGAUCGUGUUCUUCCCAAAGGGGUCUGUGCUGGUUGAGCAGGGGGAGAGGAAUCCAGGCCUCUACUAUGUUAUUGAUGGAUUCCUCGACGUAGGAGUACCGGUGGAAGAUCAAGGCGGUGAAUCCAACAUGUCUGACGCAGCUCCUGCGGACGCUGGCUUGGCGUCUUUCAAGCUUUUUGGCGGGCCUCUGCAGCGAACUCCCUCAGGAUCAACGCGGACGGGCUCCAUUGGGCCGCUUAGCGGUAGGAAGAAAAAGAACUCAGUCCGGAAAAGUCUAUUUCUCAUCAAGCCGGGAGGCAUUGCGGGUUACCUCGGCACAAUUUCAUCGUACAGAUCAUUCGUCGAUGUUACAGCGAAAACAGACGUCUACGUAGGAUUUCUGCCACGAGCUUCGAUUGAGAGGAUUGUCGAGAGGUACCCUGUCGUCCUUCUCACUAUGGCCAAGCGACUGACUACUCUGCUACCGAGACUGAUCCUACAUAUUGACUUUGCUCUAGAAUGGGUGCAAGUCAAUGCUGGUCAGGUUAUCUUCAACCAGGGCGACGACAGUGAUGCUAUUUACAUCGUUCUCAACGGGCGGCUAAGAGCCAUCCAAGAAGGCGAGAACGACGGAAUGAAGGUGAUUGGGGAAUUCGGCCAAGGCGACAGCGUGGGCGAACUCGAGGUUUUGACCGAGACCGCUAGACCUGGGUCACUGCACGCUAUCCGUGACACGGAGCUCGCCAAGCUACCAAAGACUUUGUUCAACAGUCUCGCGCUGGAGCACCCCGGGAUUACGAUCAAGAUCUCGAAGAUUAUAGCAACGCGCAUGAGAGCACUGAUCGAUGAUCCACUCUUCGACGGCAAGAGCAAAGACCGAACAGCAGCCGCUUCGAGGAACAACGUCUCAUCCAACGUCAAUCUAAGAACAGUUGCGAUACUUCCUGUGACAGCAGGCGUGCCUGUUGUUGAAUUCGGCAGCCGGUUACUCCACGCAUUGAAUGAGAUCAAGACACCGAAUGGUGUAGUGUCACUUAACCAAGCGGCCAUUCUAAAUCACCUCGGGCGACAUGCCUUCAAUCGGAUGGGCAAGCUCAAGCUUUCGCAGUACCUCGCGGAUCUGGAGGAGAAAUACGGACUCGUCCUCUACGUUGCCGACACCAAUGUCAAAUCACCGUGGACGCAGACGUGCAUCAGCCAAGCCGACUGCAUACUACUUGUAAGCCUCGCUGAGCAAUCACCAAAUAUAGGAGAGUAUGAGCGCUUCCUUCUUACAACAAAGACCACCGCCCGGAAGGAGCUCGUCCUGCUCCAUCCCGAAAGGUAUUGCCCGCCUGGACUGACCCGCAGGUGGUUGCGCAACCGCGUAUGGGUCAACGGUAGUCAUCACCAUAUCCAGAUGUCGUUUCGGACUACGCCGGAACCGGUACACUCGCAGGGCAGGCGGUUCGGUUCUGUACUGAAGCAGCGGGUGCAGGUCCUGCAGGCUGAGAUACAGAAGUACACAUCUCGCAAGCUUCGCCAGACGCCGCUCUACUCAGCAGAGACGCCGUACAAAGGCGACUUUCAUAGGUUAGCUCGUCGUCUGCGCGGCAAAUCUGUUGGCCUGGUCCUCGGUGGCGGAGGGGCCAGAGGUAUUGCGCAGGUUGGCAUUAUCAGGGCCCUUGAGGAAGCCGGAAUACCCAUAGACAUCAUCGGAGGCACAUCCAUCGGCUCCUUCAUCGGCGCACUCUACGCCUGGGAUGCAGAUGUCGUACCUAUGUACGGACGUGCCAAGAAGUUCGCAGGCCGCAUGGGCAGCAUGUGGAGGUUCGCCCUCGACCUCACCUAUCCGAGCGCGUCUUACACCACCGGGCACGAGUUCAACCGCGGCAUCUUCAAGACGUUCGGCAACUCUCAGAUCGAAGACUUCUGGCUCGAAUUCUACUGUAAUACGACCAACAUCAGCAAAAGCAGAUCCGAGAUCCACACGAGCGGCUACGUGUGGCGCUACGUACGUGCUUCCAUGUCGCUUGCUGGCAUGAUCCCGCCACUAUGUGAUCAGGGCAACAUGCUGCUCGACGGUGGCUACAUCGACAACCUGACCGUCGCACACAUGAAGUCGCUGGGUGCAGAUGUCAUCUUCGCCGUCGACGUCGGCAGUCUAUACGACAACACACCUCAAAACUUUGGCGAUUCGCUGUCCGGCUUCUGGCUGCUGUUGAACCGGUGGAACCCGUUCUCCUCAUACCCGAAUCCUCCCACUCUGUCUGAGAUACAGGCACGCCUGGCGUACGUGUCCAGCGCUGAUGCGCUGGAGCGCGCGAAGACGACGCCGGGUUGUAGAUAUAUGCGGCCGCCUAUUGAUGCGUAUGGGACGCUGGAUUUCGCGAAGUUUGAUGAGAUCUAUCGCGUGGGCUAUGAGUAUGGGAAGACUUUCCUGGCGCAGCUGAGGGAGGAGGGGACGUUGCCUGCGGUCGAGCAGGAGAAGGAGAGGAAUCUGCGGCGGACGAUGGCGCCGAGGAGGGCGAGCAUUUGA